AUGUCAGACGCCCUCAACCCCACCGGUGCCACCCAACCUCCUCAAUCAACAGCCUACACCAACCCUUCAAACCCUAUCUCCAAAGACCCCACCGAGUCCAAGUCCACCACCUCCGCCAGCACUCCAACCUCGACACCCCUCCCCACAAAACAAGCCUCAGACGCCUCGGGCCUCCUCAACGCAAAAUACGGCCAAGGAAAAGGCAUCCACGGCGCACCCGCCGGCGAAGAAGCAAAAGGCCUCGGCAGCGAAGACGUAGGGCGCCACCGGGAGCUCGAUGGCGAGCAGAUGGCCGCGCCUGGUGAGGGUAAAGUAGCAGAUGCGGUGAGCAAGGGGGGCGAGGGAAUGGGGGGUGGUGGGAGCCAACCGGAUCUGGCGAGUGAUUUGGAGAGGAAGAAGGCGGAGCAGAGGGAGGCGAGGGAGGCGAUUGAUCAGAGUAAAGAGGGGGCGGUGAGGCUUGGGGGAGAAAAGGGGCAGACUGGGGGGCCAGCGAAUCCGGUGGGUAGGUUGGAUGGAGGGAAUUAUCCUAAUUAA